AUGCGCAUGCCACAGGCUGGGCUACGAGAGGCCAGCUCGGCGAUCACCAACUCUCGCUCGGGGAUCAUGGCGCCAGGCACGAUCGCAAACAAGGCCAUGAGCAUGUCGCGUAUGGAUUUACCGCACCCCAUGGCGCAACAAGAGCUGACACCCACGGAAGCAACUCGGCCCAAGGCUACUACCACCGAAACAAGGAGACAAGGGUCCGUUGCCCGACAACCUGCCCCGACUAGCAAAACGCAUAGCAGAGGCAAUUCAUAUGCUUCAUCAACCAUGACGCGAUCUACGACAGCCGCAUCCCGCACGGGUCACUUCUCAUCAACCGUCGGUCCAGGCACCCGCCCAACAUCGAAUAUGUCGCGACCCCAAACCUCUUUUAACGCCCGCAGACCCGUCGGCGCAUCCAUCCCGCGCGCCGCCAGCGCAUUGGAUACCCAUAUGGAAGACACAUCUCCCAGCGUGCUAGGAAAACGAAAGGGUAUGCCUCCCAUUUCUUUGACCCCCACCCGCAUCCCCUCUUGCCCCAUCGGAUACACCACCCCAGGAUUGGAACAUUAUUCGGAUACAAGCGCCCAGUUCGCAAUGCUUUCGAUCUCAGAACCAGCUGGCUAUCCCCAAGACCCCCCAAAUCCCAGGACUUUCGUUUUGAUGCCAAUUGUCCCGCCCUCCGGCGAUGAUUGUAACCAGGCUGCCCCAAAGCUCCCCGUGCUUAGGGAGUUUGCAUCUUCGUCUUCACUCUUUGCAACCCCCGAAAUCCCUAGAACCCCAUCUUCCUCUCCCCAGCGGCUGUGCAAGAAAUCAUCACAUCCCGUGUUUUUGACAAAGCAUUCAUCAUUCAGAAGUUUUGACCAUGUUACAGGACCCGAAUGGGAUCAGGACACCCGCGAGAAGAACCUUGAUAAUAUGAUGAAGACGUUUAUGGAGCAGAUGAAUAAACAAGGACAGACUAGCUCCGGGUUGAAAGACGCCGUGGAUGUUUACAAGUCAAGGAUAUCCGAACUUGAAAGCUCUCGAGAUGAGCUGAAAGAAGCAGCUCUCACACAACGCGUGGAGUUGGACUCACUACGGACCCAACUUUCGACAGCGGAGCAGACACUGAAAAUCGCGAAGCGAGACCACGAAAUCUCUGUUGACGAUCUCGACCAGCGCCAUCGCAUUGAAUUAGAUUCCUCGAAACAACGAACAGAGAGAGAAGUGGCGAUUCUCAACGCUCGAUACCAAGAGGAGGCCCAGGAGCUCAGGCGCAAGUUCGAACGGGAGAUCGAAGAUGAGAAGGCUGCUCGGGUCCGAGCGCUUAAUCAAAUGACCUCGCAAUCUGCCCUUGACACACAGAAACUGCAGAUUGAGGUAGAGCGCAAGGACCGCGAGCUUGGAAAUUUGCGGGAUGAGUUGCACAUCCUGAAAGGAGAUCUCGAUCGCGAACGCAGGAUCGUCCAGGAACUCAAGCAGAACCUCGAGACAGUCAGCAGCAACAGCGUCGCGUUGGAUUCCUCCAUCAGAGCGCUCAAGGCACACAUCGAGUUCCUCGAAGGUGGGCGCGAAGAGCAAUCGAAAUCCUUUGAGCGAUGCAACCAACAGAUGCGGGAUGCCUUUGCUGAGACGGAAGCAAUCAAGGAAAAGCUCAGAAGGGAAGAGACACUCCGACGCAAACUUCAUAACCAAGUACAGGAACUCAAAGGCAACAUUCGAGUGUUCUGUCGAGUGCGUCCCUCCCUGAAAAGUGAACCUUCUUCCGGUCUCACACUCAUGCAAUAUCCCGAUGAAACCGAGGAUGCGAAGGAGAUCAACAUCAUUGGCCCUGAGGAGAAAGGUAGCCUGGGAGGCGUCACGCGAAAAAACAAUACCUUCUCCUUUGAUCGCGUGUUCAACCCAUCGACGAAUAAUGCCGAGGUCUUUGAUGAGAUCAGCCAGCUUGUCCAAAGUGCGCUGGAUGGCUAUAAUGUCUGCAUAUUCUGUUAUGGCCAAACCGGAAGUGGCAAGACUCACACCAUGUCUUCAGUCGAUGGAAUGAUUCCACGCGCUGUUCACCAGAUCUAUGAAACCGCACAAGGUCUCGAAGAGAAGGGUUGGCGAUACACAAUGGCCGGCAACUUCGUAGAAGUUUACAAUGAAAACAUCAACGAUCUCUUGGGAAACCCGGAUGAGCUCGACAAGAAGAAGCAUGACAUCCGCCAUGACAUGCAGCGGGGCAAGACGACCAUAACCGACAUCACGACAGUAAAUCUGGACUCUCCUCAGAUGGUCGAAACCAUUCUCAAGAACGCCGAUGCCAACCGUUCAGUCGCAGCGACCAAGGCCAAUGAACGUUCGUCGCGUUCUCACUCCGUGUUCAUUCUCAAAUUGACCGGUGAAAAUCACAUCACCGGCGAACGCAGUGAAGGCACGUUGAACCUGGUCGAUUUGGCAGGUAGCGAGCGCCUCAGCCAUAGCGGAGCCACAGGCGAGCGUUUGAAAGAGACACAGAACAUCAACCGCAGUCUGAGCUCUUUGGGUGACGUUAUUGCAGCUCUUGGCCAGGGCAAAGAAGGUGGCCACAUCCCAUAUCGGAACAGCAAGCUUACUUAUCUCCUCCAAUUCUCGCUUGGCGGUAACUCCAAGACACUCAUGUUCGUCAUGGUCAGCCCUCUCCAGGCGCACAUGUCAGAGACUUUGACCAGCUUGAAGUUCGCCACGAAAGUCCACAAUACUCAUAUUGGCACCGCAAAGCGACAGGCUCGUGUCCGUGAUACCUAA